AUGAUUGGGCGAUUUGAGAAGAAUGAUGUGAGUGAGGGAGAGGAGGAGGAGGAGGAGGAGGAGGAGGAGGAGGAGGAGGAGGAGGAGGAGGAGGAGGAGGAGGAGGAGGAGGAGGAGGGCAAAGAGGACGGCACCGGCGAUGAUUCAGCUCGAGGGAACAGAUGUGACAUCCUUCGAGGCAUCCCAAAAGACGACAGUGAUGACGAGGAUGAUGGUUCAGCACGAGGGAACAGAUGUGAUGACGUGGCAGUAGAAGGAGGAGAGAUGGGCGGCCUUUGCUGUGCAACUGGUGAAGGUGUUUUUGGUGUGGGGGUUUUGGGGGAAGGUGGCUUGGGGGUUGGGGCCUUGGGCGGAGGAGGAGGGAAAGGAGGAAAGGAGACCCGCUCAGACCUGCACAUUGGAGGAGACAAGUGGGGAAUGGAAGGGAUGGAAUCAUGA